UGUACCGCCGAGCUAUAACUUCGUUCAAAAUUAUCGAAUCCGGGACGCCCUGGUAUGGUUCGAUUAAGUUCGACAUUAUUUUAUUUAUUAUAUUGAAUUUGUUUAGUAGUUUUUUAGUAACUUUGGACAAAAUGGUCAGAAAAUUUUAGAAAAAAUAUUUUAAGCUUUGCUCGAUGAGAGCUUUCGAUUGAUAUAACAUUUGCCAUAUUUAUUUUCAUGUGCGGCUGGAGAUUAUAUAUCACCGCCUUCCAUUUUAACGGUAUAAUUGUGCAAGCCCAAUUUAUUCCUGUCCCUCUAUUAAAACUCGAGGUAUUAAGCUCGAGGCACUUUUAUGCCCGUGAUUUAAAUAUUUUUUUAUAUAUUUUGCCCCAUUUCUUAAUAUAUUUACAUAAAUAAUUCCCUCAUUCCAACUUUCAUACAUUUCUCUUUAAUCUUAUUCAAAUUGUUGCCCUUCAUAAAUUUAUUCUCCUUUUAGUUUUAUCAUCUUACCGCCCCUCCAACCCUAUAUAUAGUUGUUCCAAUUUACUUUAUUUUCAGUGUUCUUCGGAGCCUCACUUGACCCUAAUUCACAAGCUA